UGGGAGUAAGGGUGUUGAAUCUGGAAAUUGGAGGGGAGACGGUGGACGGACUGUGCCAUGGAGGAGCACGCCCGGGUCCCAGCCCUGGAACCAUUCAGAGUGGAACAGGCACCACCUGUAAUCUACUAUGUCCCAGACUUCAUCUCCAAGGAAGAGGAGGAGUAUUUGCUUCGACAGGUAUUCAAUGCCCCAAAGCCAAAGUGGACCCAGCUCUCUGGGAGAAAGCUACAGAACUGGGGUGGGCUUCCCCAUCCUCGGGGGAUGGUCCCUGAGAAACUACCUCCAUGGCUCCAGCGCUACGUGGACAAAGUAUCUGACCUCGGCCUUUUUGGGGGCCUCCCAGCCAACCAUGUCCUUGUGAACCAAUAUCUGCCUGGGGAAGGCAUUAUGCCCCAUGAGGAUGGACCACUGUACUACCCGACUGUCAGCACCAUCAGCCUGGGCUCCCACACUGUGUUGGACUUCUAUGAACCACGGCAGCCGGAGGAUGAUAAUCCUAUAAAACAGCCCCGGCCCCCGCCACGCCCCGCCACCUCGCUGUUACCAGAAUGUGAGUCCCUCCAGGAAGGGGUGGAGCCAGGCCCAGCCUUAAGCUCUCAGCUGCCCUGGGCCUGGGUGAAUCCUGCUGGGCCCUGGAGACAGCCUGGACCAAGGAAGAGGCUUUUCCGGGUUGUCCUCAACUGA